AUGAAUCGCCUCACCGAUGUCAUCAGGGCCGACCAUCGCGAGUUACAGGCCUCCUAUGAUUGCCUAGUCAGUAGCGAUGACCCCGACGAGCAGACUCGAUUCCAGAAUCAGUUGACGUGGGGUCUCGCCAGGCAUAUCGUGGGUGAGGAGCUCGUCCUCUUCCCCGCGCUUGACAAAUAUUUGGGGGCCGGGGAAGCGACCCAGGAUCGACGCCAGAAUCAGAUUAUCAAAGAAAAACUUCAGGUCUUCCAAGAUCUCAAGGCUUCCGACCCUCGAUUCAUUCCCACGCUAACGAUACUGAUGGACGAUCUGGCUUCCCAUGCCGAAGCCGAAGAAGACAAAGACCUCGUCAAGUUGGAAGGCGCCAUCACGGCCGAAGAGAGCAGGCGACUCGCCAAGUCAUUUGAACGUACGAAAUGGUUCGCGCCGACUCGGGCCCAUCCCGACCUUCCGGAUUCUCCACACCGAACGAUCGUAGAAUUGACGACCGCUCCGGUGGAUUACUUGCAGGAUUUGUUUCGUAAAUGGCCGGACCCUGAAGAUCUUCCGCACCUGGAUUAG